AUGGAAGGUUGGGAGGAGUCGCAUGAAUCCCUCAGAGCUGAGGUCAGCCAGCUGAAAGACCAGAUCGGCCAAAUCUUGGCUGCUCUCGAAUCCAUGAAGACCACUGGAGAGUCUUCAUCUGCACAUGUUGAGGGGACUGCUCACCCUUAUCCCCUAGUGUUCAACGCUGCAAGCCAAUCAGUUCCUUUCCCACUGUAUGGGUUGCCCCCAGGUUAUACUCCUCCCGUAGGAGAAUACUCAGAGGUGGAGCACGCCACAUUCUCUUUUCCCACGACUGUUAACAUACCACCAAUCGGCACUCAGGGACCUGUCUUAGUGUCGACUCCCAUGAUGGGUACGGGAAUGAAUGAGACCAAUGCAACUGAUGGAAUACGGGUGACCCCAGUACCGCAUGUGGUUGCUAAUGAGGAUUCUUCAGCCGGAGCUGCGCCGCACGCCACGGUGAUUGAGGGAUUUAAUAGCCUCGUUGGAGCUACGGGUAGGUUGGAGAGUUUGGAGGUGAGAAUGAGAGCUGUCGAGGGGGUCGAAAGUUACGGAUUUGGGGAUGCUGCCAGAUUGAGUUUGGUUCCGGGCUUAAAAAUCCCGCCUAAGUUCAAGGCGCCGGAGUUUGAAAAGUAUAAGGGUAACACUUGCCCUAAAAGCCAUGUGACCAUGUACUGUAGAAAGAUGGUUGCAUAUGCUCAUGAUGAGCAGCUACUCAUCCACGUUUUCCAAGAAAGUUUGGCUGGGGUGGCGUUGAAUUGGUAUACCCAUUUAGAGCCUUCUCGAAUUCGUUGCUGGGCGGAUUUGGCUGACGCCUUUGUGAAACAGUACAUAUACAACACGCAUGUUGCGCCAGACCGUUUGCAUUUGCAAAGUAUGGCAAAGAAGGACAAUGAAACCUUCAAAGAGUAUGCCCAACGAUGGAGAGAGUUAGCCGCGCAAGUCGAACCACCUUUGUAUGACAAGGAGAUGGUGACAAUGUUUGUGAAUACGCUCCAGCCACCCUUUUAUGAACACAUGGUUGGGAAUGUGUCUGCCAAUUUUGUUGAUACCAUCAUAAUAGGCGAAAGGAUAGAAAUCGGGUUGCAGAAUGGGAAAAUUGCGUGUAGCCCGUCCGGGGAUACAAGCUCCAGACCACCCAAUUUUAAUCCGGGAAAGAAAAAGGAAGGGGGUGUGUAUGCAGUAUCGACAAUGCCUGGGUGGAGAGGUCAAGCUCCCACUUAUAACUAUCAACCAUAUGUGGACCAACCUCCAUAUGCAGCUAACGCGACAUUUUCCCAUCAAAUCAGGCCUCAACCACAACAAGGGUAUUAUCAACCACGGUACAGUCCAACUAAUACUCGGAGGGCUGGGGCAAACGCGAGCCCAAACGUGAAUGUGGGUCCAAACAACAACCCCAGAAGGAACCAAUCUGUUAGAUUCACCCCAAUCCCCAUGACUUACACAGAGUUGUUACCUAACCUGGUCGAAAAGGGUUUGGUUGCCAUUUGUCCGAUGAAGCCUAUGCAACCUCCAUACCCGAGCGGUUAUGACGUAGAUGCCAAGUGUGGUUACCAUGGGGGAGGCGUUGGUCACUCCACUGAGAGGUGUUUGGCUUUCAAACAUAAGGUGCAAAGUCUGAUCGAUUCUGGGUGGCUGAAGUUUCAAGAAGAUAAACCUAGCAUUGAGGCUAAUCCACUGUCCGGACAUGGGGGCACCUCGACAAACGCCAUCGAAAAUGAAGGAUGA